AACCCACCACAGAGCUGCAGCUGUCCGUCCUACAGCACCCCCACCUUCACGACCUCACAGAAACUCCUGUGGCCCUGUGCAGACAACUGAGCAUAACACUACAGUGCAGCUCCUCCGCCUCUUCCUGCGGAUUAUACACCAAAACAAAUAGACUAUCAUAGACCAGACUGCCUCACUUACACUGAUACACAUAUUUGUUGUUGUGGACAUCAGGAGGAGGAGGACUAUCAGUUGGCGAGACAGAAGUCAUUCCGGGGAUAUUUUUGCACCGACAGUGACAGCGAGCAGCAAUCCAGCAUGCAGGUGAUAACAUGCGCGUUGUUUACGCUUGUCACCCUCCCUAUCAGCACCGUGUCGGAGGCUGACUCCUGCCCUGCUGUCUGCGAGUGUGCUGAAUGGAAGACUCACACAAUCUCCUGCUUUGACAUUGAUAUUCUCCCCAGGUUUCCAGCAAGCACGGAGACACUAUGGCUUUUUGAGACCCGCCUGUCAUCUGUGCAAGCAGAUGCCUUUUCCAGCAUGGUCAACAUCUCAAGGAUAUAUAUAUCAGUGGACAUGACGCUGCAGAGGCUGGAGAGGCAUUCAUUCUACAGUCUGAGGAAAAUCACCCACAUAGAGAUACGUAACACGAAAAGCCUGACCUACAUUGACCCAGAAGCCUUUAAAAAUCUCCCAAAUCUCAAAUACCUAGGAAUUUUCAAUACCGGCCUUACUUUCUUCCCUGGCUUGAACAACAUCCAAUCUAAUGACAUGAACUUCAUACUGGAAAUUGUUGAUCAUCCCUACAUCAGAGAAAUCCCGGCCAACUCAUUCCAUGGAAUUACCAGCGAUGUGCUUACAGUGAUGCUGUAUGGAAAUGGCUUCAGAGAAAUCCAACAUCAUGCCUUCAAUGGAACCAAGCUAGAUCAAGUCGACCUUCACAGGAAUAAGUAUCUUACCAAGAUGGAUGAAAGGGCUUUUGCCGGCACUAUCAGGGGUCCAAUGCUUCUAGACGUGUCCCUAACAGGGAUCACCUCCCUCCCGACCACAGGUAUGGAUUCUCUCAGGGAGCUGAAGGCACGCGAUGUCUGGUCCCUUAAGAAACUGCCACCCAUCAAAACUUUCAAGCACCUCAUCAUCGCCAACCUUACCUACCCAAGCCACUGCUGUGGCUUCAAAAACCUUAAAAAGAAACGAGGUUUUUUGGAGUACAUCAUCUGUAACCUCACUACUUUCUAUGACCAGCAUCACAAGCGCUCUGUGGGGCCGCUCCGCAUGCCUUCCCUCCAAGGGGACAGUGUGGAAGAAACAAUCCCAGACCAGGAGGCAAAUGAUUUAGGCCACAGAGAGUCCCAGCAAGACUGGAGGAGAGGUGACUUCCACGGCAGCCUCCAUUACCAUGCCUACUUUGGAGGCCAGCCACAUGAGGAUGUGGGUUUUGGAGAGACCCUCAAGAACCCCCAGGAAGACACAAGCCAAGACUUUGACAGUCGUUACGAUUAUGUGGUGUGUGAGGAAGGAGAAGAGGUGGCAUGUGCACCUGUGCCCGAUGAGUUCAAUCCUUGUGAGGACAUAAUGGGUUUUGACUUCCUGAGAGUGUCUGUGUGGUUCGUGAGUCUUCUGGCUGUUCUGGGAAAUGUGGUGGUGCUCCUAGUGCUGCUCACCAGCCACUACAAGCUCUCAGUGUCCCGCUUCCUCAUGUGUCAUCUGGCCUUUGCAGAUCUGUGCAUGGGGAUUUAUCUGCUGCUUAUUGCUUCUGUAGACAUCUACACACGAGCAGAGUACUUCAACCACGCUAUAGACUGGCAGACAGGCCCUGGCUGUGGACUUGCAGGGUUUUUUACAGUUUUUGCUAGUGAGCUGUCUGUCUAUACCUUGACAGUAAUAACUCUUGAGAGGUGGUACGCUAUAACCUUUGCUAUGCGGCUGGAUCGUAAGCUGCAUCUGCACCAUGCAGCAGCUGUGAUGCUAGGCGGCUGGAUCUUUUGCCUCCUGCUGGCUCUACUUCCACUGGUUGGGGUGAGCAGUUACCAGAAAGUCAGCAUCUGCCUCCCAAUGGACACCCAGUCCACAGUGGCACAGGUCUACAUCUUAUCAGUUCUGGUCCUCAACAUCAUGGCCUUUCUUGUUAUCUGUGCUUGCUACUUCAAGAUCUAUUGUGCAGUGCACAGCCCUCACUACCAUUCUGGAUCCAAGGAUACAAACAUUGCCAAGCGCAUGGCUGUCCUCAUCUUUACUGACUUUUUGUGUAUGGCACCCAUCUCUUUCUACGCCAUGUCAGCUGUACUUGAUCGGCCUCUUAUCACCGUGUCCAACUCCAAAAUUCUGUUGGUGCUCUUCUACCCGCUCAAUUCCUGUGCCAACCCAUUUCUCUAUGCCAUCUUCACUAAGGCCUUUCGGGGGGAUGUAUUCAUCCUCCUCAGUAAGGUGGGCCUUUGUCAGCAGCGAGCGCAACUCUUCAGAGGCCAGACAGUUUCCUCAAAGGGCAGCAGCGGGACAUCUCAGGUCCGUAGAGACAAGGAUAAGGUUAGGAAAUGUGGAAGCAGAGGUCAGGAGGUGCCAAUCCACCUGAAGAAGUGCUCUGUACACAUGUACCAACAAACAGUCUGCAAGGAGACAAGCCCUGAAGAGAGCCAGAGCCUGAACACGUGAGCCAAACACCGGCGGAAGGUAGUAAAGCUAGGCAGGUUCAGGUGGGACAGGAGAGGCCUUGAAGUGUUUGUGGACAGUUCUGUUUGGAUAUUUAACAGAAAGCUCCAUUGUUCUGUGUUUGCUUCAAUUUUCAGGCCAAGCUCAGCUGUUUUCACAAUUACAGCUGUGAUGAUUUUGUGGUUCUAGUUGUUGGAGAAUAUCGAAUGUCUCUGAAAUAUGAGACCGAUAUUCAGAGCGGCUGGCAAGAAUACAGUAGAGAUUAUUAAAAAAUUAGCAAAGAUGAAAACUUAAACACACAUAAAUAGCUAUUAAUAAAAACAUUUUUUUUCUGUAUCUCAAAUUAUGUAAUGAGUUUAUUUUCAAAUUAUAUUUGCACAGUCACACAUUAAUAUAAAAGGAAACAUAACAAUUGUUUUUUAAAGAACUCAAAGUACAUUUUUUUUUUGUGAUAAAAGCUUUUGGAGCAAACCCUAUUUAUACUUGGUUAUUGUUUUCAAGGACAGCCUGCUGGCUCAGUGCCAUUUACAGCCAUUCCAUAUUGCUUGUCAUUACCACUUUAUUUAAUAUGAAAACACAACAGGUUUUGGUGAUUUAUGGAUGAAAACAGAAACAGGAUUAGCCUGUGAUUUUUUAAAUUUCUUUUGUCUAUUUACCUGAAACUGAAAUGUAAAUGUGGGCGAGUAUAGUGUAGUACUUGACUGUACUUGACUGCUGGAAAUAGUGACAGUUCAAUUGGCGUUUGAAAUUGUACUUUAACUUGCUUAUACCUGUACCAAACUGAUGUAUCAUUGUUUUAGAUUAAUAAACCAUUUGUGUACUUUU